AACUCAGUCUGGACUCGUUUUCAGCUGCGGCCUUUUUAUCAGAACCACUUUGUGCCUUCAGAGGCAGAAACAAACAUUACGGAUGGAAAAUGUUCAUUAAAAUGUUUUUACAUGCAGGUUAGGAUUUUCUGUUCCACAACAACAUCUGUUGAAAUGUUUUGUGUUUGUUUGCUGCAGGACUGAAAUAGACGUAAAUAAACCAGGCUGCAGUUUCUGUUUGUUGCUGAAAGUAGGAAAUAUUGCUGCCACUUAAAGUUUUUGACUCCCAAUUUUUGUUUGUUUGUACUGAAACUUUUCACUGGACUGUUGUUGCUGUUUGAUUUUGUGUUUGCUGCAAAUUACUGAAUCAAACUGAUGGAAGAUAAACUGGACUGCAGUUUUUGCUUCAUCUCUCUGAUAUUCAUUUUCGCCUUCAUGUUUUCAGACCACAGACUUUCAGGUCAGUAAUUUUGUCUUUGCUUUAAAUGAACUGCAGCCGUCUGAAUUUCUUCACUGUCUGCUUUUUGUGGUCGAAGCUCACUGCUGAUGGAGCAGGAUGAGUUCCUCUUCCUGUAGGCUGAAAGAGGAACUCAUCUGGUUUGCAAAUCAACAACUUACUAAAAUAAUGGAAAAAGUCAAAAGAGAUUUUUGUUAAAAAAAAAAAAAUCACCACCUCUUUUUUUUUUGCCUAAAGAAUAUUUAGGUAAAAUAAUAACUUUGCAAAAAAGAAAAAGAAUUUAAUUUAUGGGUUCAGGGUUUUGAUAGGUGUAAGCUACAUGUAUAAAUAAAUAAAUAAAUUAUAUUAAAAUAAAAGCCAAUUUCACUGUGUUUUUAUUUUUCUCCCCAAUGAUGUUUCGCUGUUAAAGUGUGUUACAGAAUCCACCUGCUCCUCUCAAACCACGUGACUGAUGAUGUCAGCCGAGCCACAAUCAAAGCCAGGAACCUGUAGACAAAAUGGUGUUAGUGCGUCCAUCCAUUCAUCCAUCCAUCCAUCCAUCCAUCCAUUCAUCCAUCCAGACAAAGCAAAACAGACAAAAACAGUGAAUCACCUCAAUCUUCUUCUUUCUCCUUUUUCAGUUCCGCUGUAUUUAUGAAGUUCAGGAGCCAUAUGGGAAAAACAUUAGCCUCUCUAUUCACCCUCCCAUCCUCUCUGUCUUGCUCUCUAAUCCGCCCACAUGAACCGUCUGAGGAAAAAAAUAGUGCAGGAGGUGACGCUCCUCCAAAGGAACAGAGAGGGAGAGGGAGAGGUGUCUACAGGCUGCAUCUCCACUCAAACAUUUGGAAAAGGGGGGAGGAAGAGGAAGAGCUACACCCAGAGAAAGAGAGAAAGAGAGAGAGAGAGCAACAAAGACUGGCACUUCUGUUUUUUCUUUUUUUUUUUUGGCAAUAACAAAGAGGUGGGAGAGACAGAAAAUAGCAUUAAUAAGCGGGGGACCUCUGCUUCAUUUCAUCUGGAAGCCUCCAUCAUUAUGACCACAACGCGCUUUAAGUAACAUCCGGCAAUAAUAACGCGGCUUUCCAGCAACAGAUGCGCGCGAUUUGCUUCUGAUUUUGAUUGGAGAGAAAAGAAGACGAAGAAGAACAAGAAGGAGAAGAAAAUAGAUCAGCUGAAUGCCUGCGAGAAACUGGACUGAAAGCAUCAAGCAGAGAAAUCUGCGCUUUGAUUGAUCUUUUUCCGUAAAGCUUCAUGUGCGUGUCUGCGCGCGCACAGCAGCCGAACCUGAGCCAAACGCGAACUCCUCAGACUCCUCCUCCCUCCUCCUCCUCCUCCCUUCGGUUUCUCGCAUCCUCUCCCUCCCCCCCACCCCCCCGGUGCUCUAUGCUCAGUUCGGUGUGUGUAUCCUCUUUCAAAGGGCGCAAGGGUGGGAACAAGUCGUCCAACAAAGCAUGUUACAGCGCAGACAUGACUUGUCCGUCGGAAAGCGAGAAAAUCGUGAUAAACUGCGGGGGGGUGCGGCAUGAGACGUACCGGAGCACCCUGAAGACGCUGCCCGGUACCCGCCUGUCGUGGCUCACCGAGCCGGACGCCUUUAGCAACUUCGACUACGACCCCAAAUUGGACGAGUUCUUCUUCGACCGCCACCCGUCGGUCUUCUCCUUCAUCCUCAACUACUACCGCACCGGGAAGUUGCACUGUCCCAACGAUGUGUGCGGUCCUCUGUUCGAGGAGGAGCUGGCCUUCUGGGGCAUCGACGAGACGGACGUGGAGGCGUGCUGCUGGAUGAACUACCGGCAGCACCGGGACGCGGAGGAGGCGCUGGACAGCUUCGAGACCCCGGAGCCGGAGGCGCCGGACGACGACCCGGCUCUGGGCGGCGCGGACGGGGACCUGAGGAGACUGUGUCUGCAGGAGGACGCGCGGAGAGCGGGCUUUUGGAAGACCUGGCAGCCCAGAAUAUGGGCUCUGUUCGAGGACCCGUACUCCUCCAAAUACGCCCGGUAUGUGGCAUUCAUUUCCCUCUUCUUCAUCCUCAUCUCCAUUUCCACGUUCUGCAUGGAGACGCACGAGGCCUUCAACACCAUCCUAAACAGGACAGAGAACGUCACAGACGGCAACACAACCCACGAGGAGAUAGUGUACGAAGUGGUGACCGACAGCUGGUUGACGUACGUCGAAGGCGUCUGCGUCAUUUGGUUUACAAUUGAGGUCUUGCUGCGGGUCAUCUUCUGUCCAGACAAGUUGGAAUUCUUCAAAAGUGCCCUCAACAUCAUCGACUUUGUGGCCAUCCUGCCCUUCUACCUGGAGGUGGGCUUGAGCGGUCUGUCCUCCAAAGCUGCCAAGGAUGUCCUGGGGUUCCUCCGUGUUGUCCGAUUCGUCCGUAUCCUCCGAAUCUUCAAGCUCACUCGCCACUUUGUGGGUCUCCGCGUCCUCGGCCACACCCUUCGUGCCAGCACCAAUGAAUUCCUCCUGCUCAUCAUCUUCUUAGCCCUCGGCGUCCUCAUCUUCGCCACUAUGAUCUACUACGCCGAGCGAAUUGGGGCACACCCAGAUGACCCGACAGCCAGCGCCCACACCAACUUCAAGAACAUCCCCAUUGGGUUUUGGUGGGCCGUGGUGACAAUGACCACACUGGGUUACGGUGAUAUGUACCCGGAGACAUGGUCAGGAAUGCUGGUGGGAGCGCUCUGUGCCUUGGCUGGUGUGCUGACCAUUGCUAUGCCUGUACCUGUCAUUGUCAACAACUUCGGCAUGUACUACUCUCUGGCUAUGGCCAAGCAAAAGCUGCCCAAAAAGAAGAACAAACAUAUCCCUCGAGCGCCUCAGCCGGGGUCGCCCAACUACUGCAAGCCAGACGCCCUGGCAAUGGCCACUGCAUCACCGCAAAGGAUCUUGGGAAAUGUCUUAGGUGGAGUGAUGGGGUCUGGAGGAAUAGGCGGUGACUGUCCUCUCGCUCAGGAGGAAAUCAUAGAGAUCAACAGAGAUUCCAAGCAGAACGGUGACGCAGCCUCGGCCGCCUUGGCUAACGAGGACUGCCCCACCAUCGACCAGGUGCUGAGCCCGGACGAGCGGAGCCCCAUCGGGCGGGGCCCCACGCGGGAACGGUACCAGCAGGACCGAGCCUGCUUCCUACUCAACACCAGGGAAUUCCGCGCCACAGAUGGGAAUGUGCGGAAAGCGACCGGCCAAGAGAAAUCUCGUAGUCUCAAUAACAUAUCAGGAGUGGCGGGUUCGUCUCUGCGCCUCGCUCCCAUCACCAGUCCACCGUUUGAGAACUACGAGACGCCGGGACAACUGCGCCGCUGCCGCUCCCCCAUCCCCUCCAUUUUGUAGCAGAGCGGAUCCUGGUGAUUGGACGCCAGAGAAACGCGGUGGAUUAGUUACGGAUCACGCUGAAACUUCCCUUUGCAUUAUAAUAUAUCGUGCAAACAAAAAUAGCAAUAACGUUAAAUCAACUUGAACGUAGAGUGACUUCUGUUUGUGAUGCAUGCAUCAUGUGUGCAGAUUGGUUAAAGUACAAAACGUAGCUUUCAGGAAGUUAUUGUAAACUAUUAGAUGAGACUUUAAAAUAUUGAGAUUGGUUCAAGGAUUAAAAAUAGCCUCACCGGUUUAAGGGGGGAAAAUGCUGAUAUUUUAGAAGUUAAAUUUGUAGAUAGACAUCCAUUUUGUGUUGUGGACCAAACAAAACUAAGCUAGUGUCUCCAGCCAGAGUAAUGAACAUGAAACAAGAAAACGUUCAUUUAGCCAAAGAAAAAAGUUCGUAGAUUACUUUGAUGUUAGCAGUUUUCUGCAUUCGUCGUUUGUGACUAAUGUUGUAAGAGGAUAGUAGAAAUCAUCGCGGUUAGCUCUUUGUUUCACUAUUAGCAUCCUGUCAUCAUAGGACACUUGUGUGAAAAGUUUAAACAGCGAUUUAAAGCAAUGCGUAGUUAAAAAAAGAGAUGCUAUGGUGUAAAUUAAGAUUAUAAAAUGUCUUCAUCUUAAUACACCAGGAAUAGAAUCCUUCAUAUGCAAAUAUUACCUUGGAGUUAGCCAGAAAAGGUCCAUUCUGUCAUUUUAAUGACAUAUAAAAUGAAGAUUUGUGCAAAAUCAGUUGCUCAUCAGGAAAACAUUCUUACCAAUUACAGAAAACCAGGAUAAUGUUGAUUUAUUUUUAUUUUUUUUCAGAUAGCAGUGGCUAAUUAGGCUGAGCUAAUGCAGCGUUAGUGUCAAAACACUUCUUGUUGGACGGUUUACACUUUAAAGUCAGAUGCUUGACAUUUAUGCAUCGUUCACACCGAACCUGAUUUGAGCGUCAGGCGCUUCAAACUCGCUCUAGACUCGCGUUGGAACGAGCCGUUGUUUCCCGUUGCCGUUGUUUCCCGUUGCCGUUGUUUCCCGUUGCCGUUGUUUCCCGUUGUCGUUCUCUUUAAACAAUGGUAAAAUGGUAAAGUGACACUAAAUUAUUAUGUAGUGAAAGUUUCUGCAAUCAUAACAGAGGCUCAGAUGUGUUUGCUGAACAUUUUUAGAUAUGCUCAUAAAGAAAAAGAAAAUUAAAUCAGCAAUUAGGGAUUUUUCUCAAAUAUUUUGGAGUUACGGUCCACAGAAAAAUCAGCGGAUAGGCAGCAGGACCCGGUAGCUCAGUUUUCUCACCUUUAUUUAUUUAAUUGCAGGAAAUGACUGAAUGGACCUUUGGAAAAAUAAAAUAAUUUUCUGUGUUAAGUUUCUAGCAUUCGCCUUCUCUGUUAUGAGGAGUCAGUAACUGGUAAACAAAUUGCGGCGGGAGCCACAUAAGCGACACGCUUGUCACGGACGGACAUUUGAACGGAGAUCUCUGAGGUGACGAGAGAGACCAGAGGGUAAUCGUGAAUUAAAAAAAAUCUAUACAUAUGUAUCACAUGGUCUGCUCCUCACAUUGGUACCAAAGCAGCCUCUUGGAUCGCCAACCACACCUUUUUUGACAACAGUUCACCUGAACCCCCUCCCACCUGCCCAGUUCUUCUUCCUGUGCCCCCUUCCCUUGUCCUUCAAGCGGACUGAGCAUUGCACUGACACACUUUUGGAGAAAACGGGACUCCUGAUGACACAUUCCAGACGACAUCUCUCUGACAGUGUUAUGAACGCCAUCCUGCUUAUUGACCAAAUCGGCACCGCCUGCAGUGCUGAACCACUGAGCAAGUUUCCCGGUCAAGCACUCGUCUUUCACCUGGACUCAAACGAACAAUGUAGCAUCUCUGCUAACACACUGUAGCAUCUGUUGGUUGGGAAAUACCUUGACUUAAAAACCAAUCCAUCCACAGUUCAAUGAGAGAGAAACUUAUGCAUUCAAGGGAUCUUCUAGAUGUCACUCCUGUAUUCCUUUCCAGUGAAGAAGUAGAAAGUCAUUGAGGGAGCACAUGAGAGACAAAGGAUUGGUCUUAUUCAGUACAACAAUUGAUUUAAAAAAGCAAGAGAUGCACAAAGAGAAAAAUGCACAGUCUUUAACGGCACCACAUGAUAGCCCCUUGUUAAAGUUUAGCACCUGUAUAGUCUUCCAUUUACUUCUAUUAGACAGAAGGACUGCCCUGCUCAUCAAACAGCACUAACUCUGAAGCAGAACAAUCGAAGCACAUGUAGCAUUAUCUGAAACAAGUCAUUUUAUACUCACCCUAAACAGUCUCUAUCACUAAAUAGUGGAAAAAGACUAAUCUUUAUCUCUCAUGUACUGAUGUGGGCUUGCACGAAAAUUUAUGUUGGGUACCAAAGGUCCUUUAGCAUGCACUUGCUGAAUGACCCUCUGUAAUGUAUAGUAGAUUAGUAGAGAUAUUAAAUACAGGGUGAGGCUUCUACUCCCUCUCAUGCUAACCAUUGUCUUAGUCCUUUGACUGCCAGUAGCUUCCCGUGCCUCACUGCAGAUGUAGGAAACGUCCCCGUGUCGGGGUGACGGAGACUUGAUUAGCAAACAGACUGACUCAAAGCGUCAAACCCUGUUGGAAUAUCGGCCUAUCCUGCCUAAAUUACAGAAAAAUGCAAACAGUUCUGCAUUAUUUUGAACGGGACCAAUCUGGUGAAUAUUUCCCAAACACUGCCAAUUAGGCGCCAAGACUCCUCUGAUGCAUACUGCCCUGCCUCUCUUGUCCCUCUUGCUGCCAACGAGUGCUUCACUGGCAACACAACGUCACGAUGAAGUUCAGGGGGGGGAAGGGAGUCCUUCAAGGCCCAAAGGAUAUAUUCAGAGAAACGAACCAAGAGUAAGAGCAAGUGUGGACGUGUACAAAGAGAACAAAUCUAUAUUUUGAUAAACAAAUCUACGAUGCUCCAUGACUUUGGAGAUGGCGUCUUGUCCGGGAAGAGUCCGGAAAAAAAAAAAAGGUCUCACACAAGAGAAGAAAAAUAGUUGGUGGAAAGAAUACAAGAAAAGAAAAGUUCAUGCUGGAGUGUGCAACAUAAUUUAACCCACAGGUGUUGGGAAUGAAAAAAGGUCUCUAGAAAGACCUUUAGCAAUGACUGACUCUUGCCCAUUCAGACAUGGAAAAGAAAAAGGAUGGACAAUAAGAAUAAUGGGGAAAAAAUGCAUUUUUGUAACUUUGUUUACCAGCAUGACUACUUUGCAUGACUGUCUUUUCUGCAAGCCCUUAGUUGAAGACAAGGGUGCUAGAGAUACAAAAAAGUAUAUAUAAAAUAAAUCUAAAAAACGUUAUAUGCAAUUAAUGUUUUAAAAAAGAUUAUAAUUAAAGAGAAGAGCUAUAUUUUCUUUUGAGAAGUAAAAAAAAAUGUGAAUAUCGAAACAUGUAUGUUUGCAAAGUACACCCUGAACUAUUUUUGUUUGAUGAAAUCUCUCUGCUACUACUGCCCUACACUCUUCAUUCCAGUGUUUAUGACCUCUGACAUGGGUUUUAUUUUGUAACGCGUUGAGCAGCACACUUUCUAAACAUUCAAUUGACCAAGUUUGCCCGUAGCAUCUGAGCAAAGUGCUGUAGUUGUUGUCAGUCACAAAGUCCAUGUUUCCUCCUUGACUUGUUUGCACAUCUUCCGUAGCAAAAGCAGCACCCGUACUGAAACAGCAGCUCUCCAUGUUCUGAAAGCUUGAUUAGUACUCAUAGUUUGCUAGUUUUCUUUGGCAAUAACGCGAGAGUUGUCACGACUGUAGCUGAUAAAAACGGAGUCCUUUGAGUUAUCUUCACAGCUUCGGUGUUGAAGGGAUUCCUCAGAGUCUUGGGUGCCUCGUUCGCAGAGAUAGCAGUCUCACCCUCUGCAGGAGAACAGGAAGACCAAUAAGAUAAUAAAAGAUGCAAUAUGGCGAGGAGUUGGGAGAGAUUUUUAAGUUUGCAUGGAAUCAACUGCCAUUCCAAAUUCAGAGCGUUGUGGCUUUAGGGACUCAGGUGUGCUGAUAGUGUGAGUGGAUGUAGGUGUUUUGCUAUUUUCUUUUUGACAUAAUAAAUUCUAAUAUAUAGAAAAAUAAUAAUGUGAACACCUCACAGUGAUGUGUUAAAAAAUUAAAAAUCAAAAAAACAGAACACACAAAAAAACAAAAAAACAGCAUGCAUUAUGACUUGAUAAUCUCUCCAGGGGGAACAGAGUCUUGCCAUUUCCCUCCAGCCUUCUGUCAUUGUUCCUGGAUAAUUUUAUAAACACUGUGCCGUGUUGUAGAGCAGCAAAGUCUUCCUUGGAGAGGCAACUGAGAACUACUCACACUCACAGUGUCGGCAUGAGUGUGUAGAGGUAGCUUGUCUUCAUUUUUUUUAAAAGGUCAGGUCUUAGCAUCUGUCAUUACCACACGACCGAGUUCUUGUCAUCCUGCUGGCUAGUUCAUUGUAUCACAACGCAGUCAUGCAAGCACCAGUCAAAGAGAACCAGUGCUUCCAAAAUGAUGUCAGAAAAUGAUGAAGAAAGGGUAAGAAGUGGUCCACCUGGGGGAGACUGAUGGUGAAAAUGAAACAGUGACAGGUUGAAGGAAGACGAAGGUAAUCUGUGGAGUGUUGAGGGGUCUUCACGAACUUCUUCUUUGGUUUGGUUUUCCCAGUGAGUUUCAAGCCCUGCUGGUCCGGGGUUUAGCUCAGGCAGCUGAACGGUCCUCCGCCCAUUUCUCGGUCAUUUCAGCGUGAUGUAGACGACAGAGAGCGUUAACGGUUCUGUUGAGUCUGCGCAGGUUUAACAGGGUCUACAACUUUCUCUAUUUGCAAAACUCUUACCAACACAGUUUUCAUUCUGGAAAGUUCUCAGAGCUUGGAUGACACCAGAGGUGGCGUGCACAUCGGCAAAAAAAACAACAACAAACAAACAAAAAAACUUUGUGAUUCACCCAAUUGUUUGUAAGUUGUAUUUUUUAUUUCUUAUGGCCAGGCAGUGUUUUUAUUUUCAUGCCACUGUUUUUCAUUGUUAAGUUUGCCAUAUCUUUGUUCUCCAUAUUGCGACUCUCUGCCAGCGGCAGGCUGAAAAAGAUGUCUUUUUUUUUCCCCUAAUGCAUAAUACUGCCAUUUGAUUUAGAUUUGGUAAACAAGAUGAGUUACAAUGUCGAUUGUGCUAAGUCUGUUUUAUUUUUAAAGGUUUUCCAUGUGUUAGAAAAUGUAAAAGAAAAAAGCAGUCACCUCAUACAGCCAAAAGGACAGAAAUGCUUUGUGUUGGCGUGUUACUCUGAUUUGUCCUGAAGGUGCCACAUGGUUUUGGACAACACCUCCUCCACAGCAUGCUGUUUGAUUUUACCUACAUGUUUGUUCAUUUUUAAAAUGUUUUCAUUGUGUCUCUUUUUGUUUGAGGACACUGUAUGCAAUCCACACCAUGAAUGCCACUGAUUGACACUUACUGUAAGCUCCCUGAGACACAGAUGUGCUGUCAUCAGUUUAGACAUUUUCAGCCACCUAUUUAGUGGCUUUAUGGCUUUCCAUAGAGUUACAUAGCAAUCACGUAUAUAUUAAAAAAGUAUUUUACAAAUUGAAAAUAUUACAGUUGUUUCAGAGCAAAUUAUGUCAUUCUAUAUAGUUUUCUAAUAUAUGAAAUGUUAUUUUAAUUAGAAAAUCUAACAAGUCUAACCUCUUUACAAACAUCUGAUUUACUGCAUUCACAUAAGCAUCCCAAAGAUUCAUUUUACAUGCUAUUAUUGUGUAAAACAGACUUAGGUACUGGUCCAUUGUACUGUGGUCUUAAAUGGAGCCUGAAUGGGGAGAAGAGGUGGUCACUGAAGCGUCAGGUUGUGACUUAUGCCGGAUUUCAUUUUUGAAAUGUUGGGACACGAAGAACAACUCAUCAAGAACUGUACAAAGUAUAUUUCAAUGGAAUGUUCAUGAUCUAUCUUUUUAUAUUUUGAAGAGAAAAAAAAAAUAGAAACAUAUCAAUAAAGCGUCAUAAUUGAACAUAUUUCUACUAUUGAGACUUAAAAUGUAUGAAUGUCAAUGCGAUCUAAUGUGAACCAACCUGCAUUGCAGCUUGAAUGAACAACUGAACAACAGUCAUGAGAUGCUUUUCCAGAGACAUUGAAAUUGCUUAAAAAUCACUGAGAUCAAGCUAAAAUAAAUGGAAGAGUAAUCUCA